CUUAUGGACCGGCAAGGUGUUCUAUAAACAAUGGUGGUUGUUGGUCAGAAACUAGGAAUGGAGUAACUUUCUCAGCUUGCUCAGACUCCAAGGUAAACGGCUGUCAAUGCCCGGUUGGGUUUAGUGGGGAUGGUAAUAAAUGCGAAGAUGUUGACGAAUGUAAGGAAAGAAGUGUUUGUCAAUGUGAUGGCUGCAGCUGCAAGGAUACUUGGGGUAGUUACGAAUGUAAAUGCAAGGGAAAUCUUCUAUAUAUUAAGGAACAAGAUAUCUGUAUUGAAAGAAGUGGAUCACGAUUUGGAGGGUUCCUUGCCUUUGCGGUCAUAGCAGUUGUUGUGGGGGCUGGUCUAGCUGGUUACGUGUUCUACAAAUAUAGGCUCCGGUCUUACAUGGACUCCGAGAUCAUGGCUAUCAUGUCACAAUACAUGCCACUGGACCAGCAAAACAAUGUAGUUCAUGCUGAAACUCAGCCUUUACGACAACAAGGCACCGUGUAA